AUGUUUGAGCCUAGGAUUUCAGCUGCCGGCAACUGGAGGUUUAUAGAAAUGGCUGACGAUGAGGAUAUUCAGCCCAUUAUUUGUGACAUUGGAUCUGGAAUGGUGAAGGCGGGGUUUUGUGCUGAUGAUGCUCCUAGGGCAGUGUUCCCCAGUAUUCUGGGUAGGCCACGACACACUGGUGUUAUGGUGGGCAUGGGUCAAAGGGAUGCUUAUGUAGGAGAUGAAGCCAUCUCGAAAAGUGGUAUUUUGACUUUGAAAUUCCCAAUUGAGCAUGGUGUUAUCAGCAACUGGGAUGAUAUGGAAAAGAUUUGGCAUCACACUUUCUAUAAUGAGCUUCGUGUUGCUCCUGAAGAGCACCCUGUGCUUCUUACUGAGGCACCAUUAAAUCCAAAGGCAAACAGAGAGAAGAUGACUGAAGCCAUGUUUGAGACCUUCAAUGUUCCCGCCAUGUACAUUUCAAUCGGGUCUGUACUUUCUUUGUAUGCUAGUGGUCGUACAACUGGUGUCGUGUUGGAUUCCGGAGAGGGCGUGUCCCACACAAUCCCAAUUUACGAAGGGUAUGCACUUCCUCACGCGAUACUCCGUCUUGAUCUGGCUGGCCGUGACACCACAGAUUACUUAAAGAGAAUCCUGAUGGAAAGAGGCUACGCUUUGACUACAACUGCUGAACGGGAAGUUGUCCGUGACAUGAAACAAAAGCUCGCAUACGUGGCUCUUGACUACGAGCAAGAGCUCGAAACCGCAAAAACUAGCUCCUCUUUUGACAAGAACUAUGAGCUGCCCGACGGGCAGGUUAUCACGAUUGGGGCAGAGAGAUUCCGCUGCCCGGAGGUUCUCUUCCAGCCAUCUUUGAUCGGAAUGGAAGCUGCUGGUAUUCAUGAGAUGACCUACAAGUCUGUCAUUAAGUGUGAUAUUGAUCUAAGGAGGGAUCUUUUUGGACAUAUUGUGCUUAGUGUGUGUGGAUCGGAGGAUCAAUCCUUGCAUCUCUCAGCACCUUCCAACCGAUGUGGAUUGCGAAGGGUGAGUAUGAUGAAUCUGGUCCAUCUAUCGUCCACAGGAAAUGCUUCUAAGUGUAAGAAAAGAAGGCAUGGACAUGUGGAGUUGUUAACAAACGAGAAGGUAAACAUCAUUUCCAUUAAUUAGUCAGCAUCACCAACCACCAAUCACCGCCACCACCACCGCUGUGUUCUUUCACUGGUUUUUGUGUUUUAUUCUAAUUUUCGGUUUUGUGGUCAUUUUAUUAUAAUUAAUUAUAUUUAUUGCUUGGUUAGCGAGGUUUUAAAUCAAAACAAAACCAUUCUUGAUAUAGAUGUACAAAUCAAGUUGUAUCUAAGAUUCUUCACUUAAAGAUAACAUGUUUUUUGGUCAGGUUUCUACAUGUUUACUUUAAUAAGGAUAUGAGAUUUCAAAUGUUGUUUUGAUGAGGAAGUGAGAAUCUAUAAUGAGAUCUGGUUUAUUAUUUUUAAA